AUGGAUUUCAGUUUUGUUACCGAACGUAUUAUCGUCCUUUAUUUUCCGGAAAAUGUGAGCCCGCAAGCUUUCCAUCAAGGUCACAGUCAAGCAGCGCAUUUGCUCACCACAAAACACUCUAAUAAUUACACCGUUUUUAAUUUGACGGAACCUAGAAGAAGUGCAAGAAGUCAACAUGCUAGAGUUCGCGAAUUAAAUUGGACUCCAGGUUUGGCACCACCUCUGGAUAAAUUAUGCAGCAUAUGCAAAGAAAUAGAAACUUGGCUGAAUGGAGAUUCACACAGGGUUGCCGUUUUACACGCGAGGGGCAACAGAGAACGAAUCGGUGUCGUGGUAGCAUCAUUUAUGCAUUAUUCGAACAUCUGUGGCACGGCAGAUCAGGCAUUGGAUAGAUUUGCAAUGGAAAAAUUUCUCGAUGAUAAAAUUCAAGAACUCGAACAACCUUCUCAGAGAAGGUACGUUGAUUAUUUCGCGGGAUUAUUAUCGGGAAACAUAAGAAUAAAUUCGGCUCCUCUGUACCUGACGCACGUGACGGUUUUGGGAGCUCCGGCUUUUGAAGGGAAUACAGAAGGAGUCGUUUGCAGAGCUUUCAUUAAAAUCUACGAAGGUUUAAUGCCGGUUUACACGUCCGGCGUACACAGGAUCACGCCCGGUACGAGACAGUUUACGGUUAACGUGGCCGGAGACAGAAGGAAUCAGGGAUUACAAUUACGUGGUGACGUGUUAGUUAAGUGUUACCACAAACAUCCGAAGCAUAGGGAAGUUAUAUUUGCGUGCCAAUUUCACACGUGCACAAUAUCCGAUUAUACGCUUAGCUUUACAAGGCACGAGCUGGACUCUGCUGCUUACGACCUCAGAUUUCCAUUGGACGGAGCCGUUGAAUUUCAUUUUUCAUCUACUCCCAUGCCUCGUCUUCCAUUACCGGCUCCAACUCCGGCCGUUAUGAUUGAUCCGAUCGAUGAUGAUCCCAUUGUUCGCUGGGAUAGCUAUGCUGAUUUAAGUCUCGGUGUUAUCGAGCAAGAAUCUGACGUGGACCACCACCACGUAUCGCACACGUUCGGACCGUUAGAUGGUUCAAUAUACGCAACAGUCGCUAAAAAAGUGAGUCCGGUAACUGCUGUCGCAGUCACGACAAUAAGCAGUCCAAGAACGGUAUCAAUGGACUCUGGAAUAUCAUCAGCUGGCAACGGUCUUUUAAAUAACAAUUCGAACGCUUCUUCUUCUUCUCCCGUCACGGCAUCGAAUUUAGACACACAAAAAGCAUGGGAUGAAUUACUUAGAGAAAUGCAAAUAACUGUGGAAAGUAUACCGGACACGUCUUCUCCACGUACUAACGUAUCCGCUUUCGACGAUUUAGAUUCCGUUGCUUAUAUCGACGAUCCGGAUGAUAUACCUUAUCACGCACGUCAAGAUAGCCGUCCUUUCACAUACGGUUCCGCACCCGGACCCGAAAUGUUGAGAGGUCAACCGGGACUAUCGAGUCCCCAAUUGGUACGAAAAGCGAGUUUCGGAAAAACCAGCGGUUACGCUAGUGAUAGUAAAUACAAUAAUAAUAACAAUAGUAAAUAUGAUAAAUACGAUAAAUACGAGCAGAAUUCGUGGACAUUGAAACCGCAGAAAACGGAAAAUCCAUGGGCUGCACGUUCGGAACAAACAUGGAUAAUGUCAACAACUCCACGUAAUACGAAAUCUUGGGACACAACUGAUACGUCAUAUAAAUGGAGACAAACGAGUGCACCCGUCACCCGAAAAUCAUUUGACUUUUUAGAAAGUUCGGUUCAAAAUAACAACGGAUUGACAAACGGAAGCGUGACGUGGUUACAAAGACAACAGCAAAAGCUUAGGGAGAGAAAAGAAGCAGCUUUAAGAAUGGAAAGACGUCCGCAGGAAGUACGUUUGAUUUCCGAAUUGAAAUCCCAAUAUAAUCAUCAUCAUCAUCAUCAACGUCCAUCUGCGAGUCACAGAGAUGGUUACACGAGCGAUACAACACAUUUUGCCGAUGACGACGACGACGACGACGAUUUAAGCAUACCCCUUCACGUUCAAACAUCUCCCCAUCGUAAUUUAGGCUCGGCACCGGUUUCACCACUUCCGAGAAGGAUUUUACAAAAUGGCGUCGUCGAAAGGCCUUUCGUACAAGUUAAAAGAACGCAAGAAACAAGAAAAUAUGCUAUCGAUUCGAAUUCCACCUCACCUAACGAGCUCGGCCUUCUCACAUUAGUUAAGGAUGACAAAGGUAGCAGGUACACGAACGAAGAUGCACUAUCAGCUCUCAUCACAUCUCUGGACCGUCAAAGAAUUACAGAAUCUUGUAACAGAUACGUAAGCCGUAAUUCUCACGAAGUCCCUAAUCAUUCGGUUUUAUGGUCGUCUGACGAUAGUUUGUCUUCUUGGAGAACGGCAUCCGUAAGCGACGAUCCUGGAAGUCCAUCUCGUACAAACAGUCCUAGACCGGUAACUCCGGCAUUUCCGGUUUUUCCAAGAACACCUUAUGCAAAUGGUUCGGUCGUACAAUUCGAAACAAAUGGUUUACCACCUAAAAGUCCAACUGCACAACGCAAAGAACGUUCGCCAUCACCAAGCGUUGACAGCCAAAUGCAAUACAGUCCAAGAAGCACUACAUCAUCAAUCGUUAAUGGAAGUUAUCAAAGUCAAUCUCAAAGGUCAUCGAUUCAUUCAAACAGCGAACCCCCACAAGAAGUUUCACCUGCCCACGUUAAAUUCGUACGAGAUACUUCUCGUUAUUGGUACAAGCCGACAAUAUCGAGAGAAGAAGCUAUCAACAUGUUACGAAACGAACCGCCGGGAACUUUUGUGGUACGCGAUUCUAAUUCAUUUGCUGGUGCGUUUGGUUUGGCAUUGAAAGUGGCAACUCCUCCUCCGGGUAAAUCGGGUUCUGGUCCUGAUGAAUUAGUACGUCACUUUUUAAUUGAACCUACAUCUCGAGGUGUUCGACUUAAAGGAUGCGCGAAUGAACCUGUUUUUAGUUCGUUAUCCGCUCUAGUCUAUCAACACUCGAUUACGAAUAUGGCAUUGCCAACGAGAUUACUUCUUCCGGAAUGCGAAAGAAAAAUAGAAAGUUUAAACACAUCAACAGCGCAACAACUUCUCGCUCAGGGUGCUGCCUGUAACGUUCUUUAUUUAAUAACGGUAGAUACCGAAUCGUUGACCGGUCCUCAGGCAAUUAGAAAAGCAAUCAACCAAUUAUUUUUAACAAAACCGUUGCCCGUAGCCGUAAUCGUUCAUUUUAAGGUAUCGGGACAAGGUAUCACUUUAACCGAUAACAAAAGGCAGAUUUUCUUCAGAAGACAUUAUCCGGUGGCUGCCAUAUCACAUUGCGGAUUAGAUCCCGAUGAUCACAGAUGGAGUCACACGGCGGAUUCGUCAGGAAUUCCAAUAAGUUCACAUCGUUGUUUUGGAUUCGUCGCAAGAAAACCUGCAAGCAAAACAGAUAAUCAAUGUCACAUAUUUGCCGAAUUGGAACCCGAACAACCAGCUACGGCAAUAGUUAAUUUCGUAACCAAAGUUAUGAUGACGAGUGCUUAUAAGCCAAACAUUUAA